AUGAUGACUGAAAAAGUUUCACUGACUGAGCCAAGUGCUCAAAUAAGUGGUAAAGAAUCAAACUGUUCUGAUUCAUUAGCUGACAUAGUACCAUUUGAUAAACCAGAAUCAAGAUGGGCUAAAUAUAUGGAUGGUUUCCAAAGACAAGAUUCCAUCGGUGGUGAUAAGAUGAAUAAAAGAAUUUCAAAGAGACAUUUAAGAUCCAUGGCUCUUUCUACAGGAUUGGGGACUGGGUUACUUGUUGGUGCUGGUGCAAAAUUACAUACUGCUGGACCAUUAUUUUUACUUGUGGGUUAUAUUAUCGUUGGAUUUUUAUUAUUAAUGCCAUGUAUAAAUGCUGUCGGUGAGCUUUCAGUGGCAUAUACAGAAUUACCAGGUGGGUUCCAAUCUUACUACAGUAAAUUUAUCGAUGAAAGUAUGGCAUUUGCAGUUGGUUGGAACUAUUGUAUUCAAUGGUUAACCGUUAUUUCAUUGGAAUUAGUUACUGCCAGUAUGACAGUAAAAUUCUGGAACACAUCGCUUAACCCGGAAGUCAUUGUCACAAUUCUUUAUGUAGUUAUUGUGGUGAUCAAUUUGUCAGGGUCAAGAAUUUAUGCUGAAGCUGAAUUCAUUAUGAAUUCAUGUAAAAUCUUAAUGUUAACAGGAUUUGUGAUCUUUGGUAUUAUUAUUGAUUGUGGUGGUGGUCCUGUUGGAUUCAUUGGUGGUAGAUAUUGGCACCAUCCUGGUGCAUACACCACUUUCAAAGGUUUAUGUACAGUUUUCGUAACUGGUGCCUUCUCCAUGGGUGGAUCAGAAUUUAUUUCCCUUCUGGCUUCUGAAUUAGAAAACCCAAAGCAAGCAAUUCCUGCCGCAUGUAAAUUGGUGUUCUACAAAGUAUUGGUGCUUUUCCUUGGUUCAUUAACCAUGGUUGGUUUAUUGGUUCCUUAUACUUCUGAUCAACUUAUGGGUUCUGGUGAUGCCCAAACUCAUGCAUCCCCAUUCGUCAUUGCAGCAGAAAUGCAUGGAGUUGCUGUACUCCCACACAUUAUUAACGCCGUUAUUUUGAUUUCUGUUACCUCUGUUGCUACCGCUGGUAUGUACUCUGGUCAAAGAUUAUUGUUCUCCUUGGCAAAGCAAGGUUAUGCACCAAAAUAUUUUGAUUAUGUUGAUAAAGAAGGAAGACCACUUAGAUGUUUUAUCUUUACAGUUGUUGUUUCUCUUUUCUCCUACAUUGCUGCAUUUGAAAAACAAGAAACUGUUUUCACUUGGCUUUUAUCUAUUUCAGGUUUGAGUUUUAUUUUUACUUGGGGUUGUAUUUGUUUAUGCCAUAUUCGUUUCCGUGCUGCUCUCAAGUACAAUAAAAUUGAACUUUCAUCACUUGGAUUUGUUGCUUGGACAGGAGUCUGGGGGUCUACAAUUUCUCUUGUUUUAAACAUUUUGGUUAUUGUUGCUCAAUUCUGGAUUGCUUUAUGGCCAUAUGGAGGUGAUGGAUCUCCUCAAGUCCUUUCAUUCUUUGAAAACUUUUUGGGAAUUUUCUUCUUCCUUCUUUUCUACAUUGGACAUAAAAUCUGGACUAAGAAUUGGAAAUUCUGGAUUAAAGUGGAAGAUAUAGAAAUAGAUCUUGGAAGAGUUAUUUACGAUCCAGAGAUAUUGGCUAUGGAAGAUCAAGAACUUAAACAACGUUGGCAAAACGCAUCCUUCUGGAAGAAGGCUUUAAUUUUCAUGUUUGAUUAA